AUGACGAUAAGGUGCCUCACUCGCCGUCGGGCGCAGUGGACGCCCACCGCUCUGACGGUUUCCGUGCGUCUGGUGAGGCGCAAACUCAGCCCUGACCGCACACGCGAUGAGGAGAUUCAGGACCGCCAAAAUGCAUUCGUGUGGCAUGAAAAGCACAUCUUUCGUCCACACCAGCACUUCACAUACGACCCGUCCAGCUGGAGCCGCCCACUGGAGGAAAAGAUGAAAGCGAAGAGGAAGUUGUCUCUCGUCGAGCGCUUGCGGGCCUUGGAGGAGCGGGAGGCCGAGGCAGCGCAUGCCAUCGAAGAGGCAAAGGGACCGGAGGAAUUGCAGGAGUGCGCAGAGGACGUGGAUUAUUUUUACUCCAUUCAGGAACCUAAAGGAAAUGCCAUUUCAUUGCAAGCUCAGGUGGAACGGUUGAAUGCCUUGCACGUCCUUCUUACAGCUCCGAGGCACCUUGAUACUUCGUUGGUAAAAGUAGAACGUCUGCGGCACGAGUACAGGGAGCUGCUGCGGCUUGUAUUUGAACGUGUCCGUGUGGCAGUCGUGGGAGAAACAAUGACAUUUGAUGCGUUGCUGUAUUCAUGGUUUCUGCUACUCCAGGGUGCUCAGCCGCUUUUAGAGGCUCUGACUGAGGGAGAGGGACAUGCGGGGAGUCGGCUUCACGACGUCAUUGUCACCGUGCGUGAUGCGCUUGACACGCUUCUACUGCACGCCAUGAAGCGUAUUGAUGCGGAGGGCAAACUGGAUCUAGUCCUGGAAGGCUGGGUGGAGCUGUUAGAUGUGGUAACACAUCCCUUUACCCGACAAGGCGAAAAGUUGAGGGGCAGUCAAAGAGCAUCAUGCCACGCUUUCAAUGUAGGCGGCGAAGGACUGGAAAAAAAGGUGGCGGAUCGAGCCAUGACUGCACUAGCGGAACGCAUGAUCACAGAUGACGGCAGUGAAUUGCUUGAUGCACAGCAUCUGCACGCCCUCUUGCGCAGCAUGGUACGCUGUUCCUGCGUGAUGGAAGACGCAUCUCUUCAGCGUGCGGCGCUGCUGACAAGAAAGGUGUUGGAAGGGAUUCUUGCAACUCUCAAAGGGGUUGUGGCGCCUUCGCUUCCUCACUCGAUGCAGCUCUCCCUCCUGGGCAGCUCAGCGCGGCGUGUUGCCUUUAAUGCAGGUGAGUCAACCCGAGGGAGAGAUGCGCCCCGCCAGGCGGUGUUAGACCCAUGCGACCCACCAGGUGGCAUAAAGAGCCCCGUAACAGCUGCUGAUGAGGUGUCGCACGCCAUGUGUGCGGGGAUAGCUCUCCUGCGACAGGCACCUCGUGCCUCUCAGGUUACACAGGCAAAGGUGCUGGACGCCGUCGAUUUGCUCUUGCUGAUGCUGUCGUAUGCGCCAAACUACGACCUUGGUUUGACCGAAACGGCCACGUUUGUCUGCGAAAUGGUCGCUGGUGGGGUGCUGGACGUUGACACAGGGACGGUGGAGCGACACCUCCGCGCGGUGCUUUUGCUCUCUCGCUUGAAAUUUUCUACCUGCAACAAUCAGACCGUUUUGUCUCGACUGUUUCUCUUCCUCUGUAGCCUUGCCCCACCGGAGUCGUGCCCCGAGCUGACUCUUCGGGAGUGGAAACGGCUUUAUGGAACUGUCAUGCAUCAGUUGCUCUCUUCUGUGCGUGCGGCUGCGUUGAGUGAACACUACGCUCGUGGGCACAACUCCCCCGCUACAUGGGAAGAGCUUCUGGCAUUCGGCCGGUAUAGGGGUGCUCUGCCACUUUCAUUGUGGCACGAAGCCUGUCAACGCUACUUUGAAAGUCCCGCCGUCCCGUUGUCCUCAAAGUGCGCGCGUGCCUUACUCUCACUAAGAGCUCGCUGCACACCUUCUGCUAGCGUCGGUUUCGCACAAAAGGCAAACCCUGCUUCACUCUGUGCGGCUCCGCUGGACUUUGAUUCAGUACGGCUGCUCGCAAGACUCUUGCAUGUUGUCCUGGGAGAGUGCGUUGCUGCCGAAGACCUCAUGAAUGAAGCUGCUGCGUGGGGUGCGGCGCAGGAUGCUGCCGGCGAUGACGAGGCACUUUCUGCCUUGCUACUUGCAGCACAAAGGUGUGUGCAGGAGAGACAGGCGUGCAAGCAUGCCGUGAUGACGUUCUCGUAA